UGGCUGCCUGUGUAUCAUGAAGCUCGCUGCUUAACAACAGAAAUAAGGCACUUGUCAGGCAGAAGCAAUGCGUCAGUGCAAAAUGGAAUUCGCAAGACUGAAGUUUACACGAGGCAACAACAAAAUCUACUGUGCCAUUCUGUUAGGCAACAAAGGAAGAAGGGAAGUCAAGUGAAGUUACCACAUUCCUGCGGUAUGAAGAAGCAGCAUGAUGUUCAGAAACAAUGCCUGUAGUACUGAGCAGCCUUAAAAGAACUGGUUAAAAGCAGGAAGGGGAAUUAUUAAUUGAUACACUCAGCAGACGGGCUGUGAAGGUGUCUGACACACGGUCACAUUUAAGUCAUCUUGUGGAACCUUCUGAGAAAACAAGGGUAAUAGUAAGAAAAUGGUGUUUAAUAAAAGUGUCCUCACUACACAGUCAGACUGAAACAGGAACAGGUUCUCUGGAGUAAGUAUUAGAGGCCAUGUGGUUAUGAUAUUACUGAGAUUCCAUAAUGCCUCCUGCCGUGACAGACAGCCUUGACAUCUGGGCAGUGGAUUCACAGAUUGGUGCUGAUGGCUCAAUAUCUGUGGACUUCCUCUUGCCCACUGGAAUCUACAUCAACUUGGAUGUCCCUCGAGAUGCCACCAUAUCUCAUAUUAAACAGCUGUUAUGGAAGCAGGCACAUGCCUAUCCACUCUUUCAUCUCCUCAUGGAGAUAGACUCUUACAUGUUCUCAUGCGUGAAUCAGACUGCUGUACAUGAAGAAUUAGAGGAUGAAACACGGAGACUUUGUGAUGUUAGACCCUUUCUUCCUGUCCUUAAACUAGUGACAAGGAAUUGCGAUCCAGGAGAAAAGUUGGAUUCCAAAAUAGGUGUCCUUAUAGGCAAAGGUCUCCAUGAGUUUGAUGCCUUACAAGAUCCUGAAGUGAAUGACUUCCGAGCUAAAAUGCGGAGGAUCAGUGAGGAAAAGAUUCAGUCGCUUGUGGGUCUCUCCUGGAUGGACUGGUUAAAGCACACUUACCCACCAGAACAGGAACCUGUUAUCCCAGAGAGCUUCCAAGAUAAACUCUAUAGUGGAAAUCUUGUAGUGGCUGUUCAUUUUGAUAACUGCCAGGACGUAUUUAGUUUUCAGGUGUCUCCUAACAUGAAUCCCAUCAAGCUGAAUGAGCUGGCAAUCCGAAAACGUUUGACUAUCCAUGGAAAAGAAGAUGAGGAAGUUGAUCCUGCUGACUAUGUGCUGCAAGUUAGCGGAAGGCUAGAAUAUGUUUUUGGUGAUCACCCAUUAAUUCAGUUUCAGUAUAUACGCAACUGUGUGAUGAACAGGACUCUUCCUCAGCUGACUCUAGUUGAGUGUUGCACCAUAAAGAAAAUGUGCGAGCAGGAGAUGAUUGCCAUAGAAGCUGCCAUAAACCGAAAAUCGUCCAACCUUCCUCUUCCUCUGCCACCAAAAAAAACAAGAACAACAACUAGUGUGUGGGAUAUUUCCAACCCUUUCAAGAUAAUUCUGUUAAAGGGUAAUAAACUAAAUACAGAAGAAAAUGCCAAAGUUCAUGUUAGGGCUGGUCUUUUCCAUGGUACAGAGCUCCUUUGUAAAACUAUUGUAAGCACAGAAAUAUCUGGGAGAAGUGACCACAUUUGGAAUGAAGUACUGGAGUUUGAAAUAAAUGUCUGUGAUCUACCAAGAAUGGCAAGGCUCUGCUUUGCAGUUUAUGCUGUGAUGGAUAAGAUGAAAACUAAAAAGUCAACCAAGGCAAUGAAUCCUUCCAAAUACCAAACCAUUAGGAAAGCAGGAAAAGUGCAUUAUCCUGUAGCCUGGGUAAAUACCAUGGUAUUUGAUUAUAAAGGACAGUUGAAGAAUGGAGAACUGGUACUGCACAGCUGGUCAUCAUUUCCUGAUGAACUUGAAGAAAUGUUGAAUCCAAUGGGAACCGUCCAGACUAACCCUUACACUGAAAAUGCAACAGCUUUGCACGUUAAAUUUCAAGAAUAUUCAAAACAGCCUAUUAAUUACCCUCCCUUUGAUAAGAUACUUGAAAAGGCAGCUGAGAUUGCAAGAAGCAGUGACAAUGCUGCAAUGGCGGGUCGAGGUGGUAAGAAGUUUUAUAUUGUGCUAAAAGAAAUAAUGGAAAGAGAUCCUUUAUCUCAACUCUGUGAAAAUGAAAUGGAUCUUAUUUGGACUUUGCGAUAUGACUGUCGUGAAAAUUUUCCACAAUCAUUGCCUAAACUGCUGCUUUCUUUAAAAUGGAACAAACUUGAAGAUGUUGCUCAGCUUCAGGCUCUCCUUCAGAUAUGGCCCAAGCUGCUGCCUAGAGAAGCAUUAGAAUUGUUGGAUUUCAAUUAUCCAGACCAGUAUGUCAGAGAAUAUGCAGUGGGUUGUUUAAAACAAAUGAGUGACGAAGAGCUCUCUCAGUAUCUUCUUCAACUUGUGCAAGUCCUGAAAUAUGAACCUUUUCUUGAUUGUGCGCUGUCCAGAUUUCUGUUAGAGAGAGCACUCGCUAAUAGGAGAAUAGGACAGAUGUUGUUUUGGCAUCUAAGGUCAGAGGUUCACAUACCUGCCGUUUCAGUACAGUUUGGUUUGAUACUUGAAGCUUACUGCCGAGGAAGUGUUGCUCAUAUGAAAGUGCUUGCUAAACAGGUGGAAGCCCUUAAUAAAAUGAAGACUUUAAAUAGUCUAAUUAAGCUGAAUGCCAUGAAGCAAAGCAAAGCAAAAGGAAAAGAUGCAAUGCAUACAUGCUUGAAACAAAAUGCUUACAGAGAAGCACUUUCUGACCUCCAGUCUCCUCUGAAUCCUUCUGUUAUACUUUCAGAACUACAUGUUGAGAAGUGUAGAUAUAUGGAUUCUAAAAUGAAGCCUCUAUGGAUAGUAUACAACAAUAAAAUGUUUGGAGGAGAUCUUGUAGGGAUCAUCUUUAAAAAUGGUGAUGAUCUCCGACAGGACAUGUUGACGCUCCAGAUUUUGCGUUUGAUGGACAUACUUUGGAAAGAAGCUGGUCUGGAUCUCCGGAUAUUGCCAUAUGGCUGUUUAGCAACUGGAGAUCACUCUGGUCUUAUAGAGGCUGUUUCUAGUUCAGAAACCAUUGCUGACAUUCAGUUAAAUAGUAGCAAUGUUGCUGCUGCUGCUGCAUUCAACAAAGAUGCUCUCUUAAACUGGCUGAAGGAAUACAAUUUAGGAGAUGACUUGGAUCGAGCCAUUGAAGAAUUUACUCUGUCUUGUGCUGGCUACUGUGUAGCUACUUAUGUAUUGGGGAUUGGUGACAGACACAGUGACAAUAUCAUGGUCAGAAAAAAUGGUCAGCUCUUUCAUAUAGAUUUUGGGCAUAUUCUUGGAAACUUCAAGUCCAAGUUUGGAAUUAAAAGGGAACGGGUACCUUUCAUACUCACCUAUGAUUUCAUUCAUGUUAUUCAACAAGGAAAAACAGGGAACACUGAAAAAUUUGGUCGGUUCCGCCAGUGUUGUGAAGAAGCAUACUUGAUUCUGCGAAAACAUGGAAACCUAUUUAUUACACUCUUUGCACUGAUGUUAACUGCAGGGCUUCCAGAGCUAACCUCUGUCAAGGACAUCCAGUAUCUCAAGGACUCUCUCGCCUUAGGGAAGAGUGAGGAAGAAGCACUAAAACAAUUUAAGCAAAAGUUUGAUGAAGCACUCCGGGAAAGUUGGACUACUAAAGUGAACUGGAUGGCUCACACUGUUCGAAAAGAUUACAGAUCCUAGAAAAGUUUUGCAUUUGCACUAAGCCGAAUGUUACCUUGAUAAGUGUUUUUAAAGGGGAUCUGUAGUAUGGACCAACAAAACUUCUAAGUAAGAAAGAAAACAACAACAAAAAGAAAUGGGCCGAAAAAAUUCCUGAGUCUUUUGCACUCUGCUUCUGAAUGCUUCAUUCCAAGACUGUCUCUACAAAUAGUGAACAUCCUGGAUAAUCAGUUCCUGCUGAUUUUGCACGCUGAGAGCUACUAGGCAUUUUUAAAAAUUCUUUGGUACUUUAUGGAGGUGUAAAUAUUUGUUUUUAUAUGUUAGGGUAAUGUGCUCUAACAUACUCAGGAGGUUUGAAGACCUCUGACAGAACUGUUCUCUGUUUAAAGUUGGGACUUGAAGAGUAAAUUUUUUUUAUAUCCUAAUCUGGCUAAAAAUGACCAUAUUGUGUAUAUUUUUCAUAUGAACUCUGCCCUACUGGCACAGAUGCAUUACUUCUACUGUAAAUAGCAACCACAGUAUCAUUGUACUACAGGGAGCUGCUUAAUGUCUUCUACUGCUGCCGAAAGAAGAGUACAUAUUGGGGGUGGGUGGGGGGUGGGCUGACCUUUAAAAGUGAUGCAGCAUCCAGAUGUUCAGAGUUGCACAAUUUUGUUCCUCUGACAUAACACACUCAAAACAGAAGCCCUUCAGUAAGAGGAAGGUUAGGCCAAUUCCAAACAUGUCUGAGAAUCCCUGGUGGGUAAUGGUCUCCCAUUCGGCCGCUGGGGCUUUGUUUUCAACUCUUAGAGAGGCAUGUUUAUUUCAGGUUCAGCAAGAAGCUUCUUACAGCCUUACAUUGAAACUUGUAUCUCAGAUUAGUUGUGCCAUGCAAAUGUACUGACUUAUGUAUGGAAAAUUUUCAUUAAAUAUACUACGCAUAGUGAUUUUUUUAGAGCACACAUACCAAAAAAACCCAAAUGUUUGGAAAAGCAAGUGUUUAUGGGAAAAGAUCAUUCCAUAAAACACCAGUGAGAAGUCAUUAAUCUUUUCUUUCUAUAUUUAUUAAAAGCUUGCAGUAACGUUGCUUUACCAAGAUUUAUAUGUUGAAGAUGGUUGCUUGAAGAAACUGGAUUUGUUUUAAUUUAUUUAGCGAGGGUACCAGGCUUUUAGGUGCUUAAAUGGAGAGCAAAUUUGUUACGUGCAAUAGGGAACUGCUGGUUAAAAGAUGUAACAUACUGUUUCUGAACAUCAGCAAGAUAGACUUUAACUACUGCUUGUUCUCCAAGGAACGCUGGUAGCUCUCAAUUCUUGUUGACAUUUGAAAGAGAAUUAAACAUAUAUAUUUACUUUUUGACUAAACAGUUGUUUUGCAUAGAGAUGUUGUUUUAUGUAGGAAUUUAAUUAAAGGUGGUUUUAAUUUGUUGA